AAUGAAACGUCAAAGGAGCUGAAAAUUAAAAUCGAAAAAAAAAAUGAAACUGAUGAUUACGAUGAGCUCACUAUAAAACUUAAAGAAGAGAACCAGUUUAAAUUAUUUCAGAACUAGAAUUAAAGAAGGGAGAAACUAGCUAAGAAUUAAAAUGGAUGAUUUUAACCGCGGUAUCGUGAUCAAAAUAGAGAAAGAAGAUGAGGAUACGACAGAACCAUUUACGGCAGAGAAUAUUGACGGAGAUGAAUAUAGACUUAAUGAAAUAGGAGACGAGACAAGAAUUCAAAAUAAAGAAUGUGAGACUGAUGAUAAUCACUACAAGUCCACUUUUGAUGUAGUAGAAAAUAGUGAACAACAAAAAACGAACGAUGGGAUUGCAUACAAUGCCGGAGAAAUGUGCAACGAAACAAUGGUCAAAGUCGAAGUGGACUUAGUGAAUGGACUUUAUUUCGAGUCUGUGAUUGAAGCUGAAAGAAAUAGUCUCAUGGAUGAGAUACAGUCAUUUGUAUGCGCUGUAUGCAAAAAGUUAUUUUCUUCAAAAAAGAAAGUUGCCCGACACAUUACACAUUCACAUAGUGCACAACUAUUAACCCAGAAAAGCACUGGAAAAGAAGUCGUUGAUAGUACUUUUAUUGGUGAUAGCGGUACGAGAAAUGAAGCCAAUAAACAAACAGCAUCGAAGUAUAGCAAUGAAAAUAUAACAAAAAGGCCGUUAUUCCAAUGUAAUUUAUGUCAAUUGUCGUAUAACACCAAGAAGCAAAUAACUUUACAUAUCACAAAAUCCCACAAAAGUUUGACGAAUAAACACUCAUGUGAGGAGUGCUUACAAUCAUUUUCUCGAAAAUCCAAACUGAUAAUUCACAAACGCGUGCACACAAGUGGAAAGAAGCCCUACAAUUGUGAUGUUUGCUCAAAAUCGUUUUCUCAAAAAGGCCACCUCAAACUACACAAACCCAAGCACGCGGACAAAAAUCCGUACAAAUGUAAUGUGUGCCUUAAAUCAUUUUCUGCAAAAAACGCUCUCAUAAUACACGAACGUGUGCACACAGGAGAAAAGCCCUAUAAAUGUGAUGUAUGUUUAAAAACAUUUUCACAAACACAUCACCUCAAGCGACAUAAACGCAUGCACACCGGUGAAAAGCCCUAUAAAUGUGAUGUGUGUUUAAAGUCAUUUUCUGAUAAAUCCCACCUUACAACACACGUACGCAUUCACACGGGCGAAAAACCUUAUAAAUGUGAUGUGUGUUUAAAGUCAUUUUCUGUAAAAUCCUCUCUUACACUACACAAACGAGUACACACUGGCGAAAAACCUUAUAAAUGUGAUGUGUGUUUGAAGUCUUUUCCUGAUAAAUCCCACCUUACAACACACGUACGCAUGCAUACUGGCGAAAAACCUUAUAAAUGUGAUGUGUGCUUGAAGUCAUUUUCUCAAAGUAACGACCUUACAAACACAAACGCGUGCACACUGGCGAAAAACCUUAUAAAUGUGCUGUGUGUUUAA